GCGCGCCUGGCCCCGGACUCCAUUUCCCAGCAGCCACUGCGGCUGGCGCCGACAGCCGGCCAGAGCGCUUUGGCCCCUUUGUGAAUCCGCCCGUCGGGCCCGAGAUCGAGUCCACGCCCCGGCCACAGAGCGCUUGGCUCCCUGCCUCCGCGAACGGGGCGGAACGAAGUGCCGACUCUCGGGGAGAAGGCGGUGAGGAGCCCGGGCUCUGUUUUCUCUGGACACUGCCCUUCUCCCAAAGAGAAGCCGGAAGGAGGAGGGCAGAAGGGCUGUCCUAAAUUCUUAAAGCCAUGUCCGAGGAUUUGGUGACAUUUGGGGAUGUGGCUGUAGAUUUCUCUCAAGAGGAGUGGGAAUGGCUGAACCCUGCUCAGAGGAAUUUGUACAGGAAAGUGAUGUUGCAGAACUAUAGAAGCCUGGUAUCACUGGGAGUUUCAGUUUCUAAGCCAGAUGUGAUCUCAUUAUUGGAGCAAGGAAAAGAGCCCUGGAUGGUGAAGAAGGAGGGGACAAGAGGAGCAUGCCCUGAUUGGGAGUAUGCAUUUAAAAACAAUGAAUUUUCAUCAAAGCAAGUUAUUUAUGAGGAAUCAUCUAAAGUAAGGACAAUGGGAAGAAGCCAUCUUAGUUAUAACCUUGACUGCUCCAGUUUGAGAGAAGACUCUAAAAAUGAGGACUGGCUUAAGAACCACUUGGGAAGUCAGGAGAUACAUUCUAGUCAAUUGAUCAUUACUCAUAAAGAAAUCCUGACUAAAGAUCAAAGUAAUGAAUAUACUAAAUCUUGGCAAACUUUCCAUCAGGAUGCAAUCUUUGAUAUAAAGCAGAGUUUUCCCACCAAAGAAAGAAUACAUAAGCAUGAGCCACGAAAGAGAAGCUACCGGAAAAAAUCUGUUGAAAUGAAACGUAAGAAAGUCUAUGUAGAAAAGAAACUUUUGAAAUGUAAUGAAUGUGAGAAGGUUUUCAACCAGAGCUCAUCUCUUACUCUUCAUCAGAGAAUUCACACUGGAGAGAAACCCUAUGCAUGUGUUGAAUGUGGGAAAACCUUCAGCCAGAGUGCAAACCUAGCUCAACAUAAGAGAAUACAUACUGGAGAGAAACCCUAUGAAUGUAAAGAAUGUAGGAAAGCCUUCAGCCAGAAUGCCCAUCUUGCUCAACAUCAGAGAGUUCAUACUGGAGAGAAACCAUAUCAGUGUAAAGAAUGUAAAAAAGCCUUCAGCCAGAUUGCACACCUGACUCAACAUCAGAGGGUUCAUACUGGGGAAAGACCUUUUGAAUGUAUUGAAUGUGGAAAGGCCUUUAGUAAUGGCUCAUUUCUUGCUCAGCAUCAGAGAAUUCACACAGGAGAGAAGCCUUAUGUAUGUAACGUGUGUGGGAAAGCCUUCAGCCAUCGGGGAUACCUAAUUGUACAUCAGAGAAUUCAUACCGGAGAGAGACCCUAUGAAUGUAAGGAAUGUAGGAAAACCUUCAGCCAGUAUGCACACCUGGCUCAACAUCAGAGAGUUCAUACUGGAGAGAAACCUUAUGAGUGUAAAGUAUGUAGGAAAGCCUUCAGCCAGAUUGCAUACCUUGAUCAACAUCAGAGGGUUCAUACUGGAGAGAAGCCCUAUGAGUGUAUCGAAUGUGGGAAGGCCUUUAGCAAUAGCUCAUCACUUGCACAACAUCAGAGAAGUCAUACUGGAGAGAAACCUUACAUGUGUAAGGAAUGCAGGAAAACAUUUAGCCAGAAUGCAGGCCUUGCUCAACAUCAGCGAAUUCACACUGGAGAGAAACCUUACGAAUGUAACAUUUGUGGGAAAGCCUUUAGCUAUAGUGGAUCUCUUACUCUACAUCAAAGAAUUCAUACUGGGGAAAGACCCUAUGAAUGUAAGGAUUGCAGGAAAUCUUUCAGGCAGCGAGCACACCUUGCUCAUCAUGAGAGAAUUCAUACGAUGGAGUCAUUCUUGACUCUUUCCUCUCCCUCACCCUCCGUGUCCAGUCAGUUGCCAAGACCUGUAGGUUCUAUCUCCUAAAUAUGCCUUGAAUCUGACUCUAAUUAAUUUCCAUUCUGUCAUCUUUGUCCAGUACACAAUAAUCUAUUUGACAUGGACUAUGGAAAUAACUUUCUAAUUAAUCUCCCUGUGUUUACCAUUUCCUGCUAGUAGUGCAUAUUGCAGUCAAACUUGUGUUUAAAAAGUUUAAUUGUAUCACUUCUCCUUCAUUAAAACCCUUCAUUGGCAUCCCAUAGGUCUUAGGUCAAGACACACAUUCCUCAAAAUAGCCUAAAAGACCCCAAACCCCCAAUACCUUGUUCCAGUCUACAUUUCAGAGUCCCAUCUCAUGUCAAUAUCCAUCUCAUUCUUUGGCUACUUAUCAACGUUAAGAAUUUAUAAUGCAGCAUCAGAUCUGGGUUCCAAUUCUUACUCUUCCAUUUUUUGGCCCUCUAGUUUUGGAGAAAACUUUUGUCCCCUGUAAGCUUCAGUCUUUUUAUUUAUAUUAUGGAAAUAAUAAUGGUACUACCUCAAGUUAAUGGAAGGAUUAAAUGAGAUAAUGCAUGUGAACUGCUCAGCAGAGUGCCUAGCAUAAUCACUCAGUAAACACUAAUGUAAAAUAAAAACGUACUAUGAUAAAAAUCAUCUCAGCAAUGAUUAUCUGCGAAAUAACAAAGCAACCCAAAGUACUGUAAAGGUUUUUGAUUAGGAACAGCAGUCAUUGUUCUAAAGGUGGGUGAUAGGGGUAUCCAGCACAGGAUAGUUAAUAUUGGAGUCCAUGAUGACAGAGUAAGAUGGGGGCUUCUGUUUCAACAUGAAUAUACAGAAAGAUGAUUGUGUUGAUAAAAAAAACUAACUUCAUUAUAUAGUCAACAGUUUUAAGAAGCCAGGUGUUAAAAAUCACUUGUAAUAAAAUUUACUGAGAUGUA